AUGAAAUUGAAAACAAUUUCCAAUGUGAAGUUGGGAGAUGGAGCUGAAUGUUGGCUUAAAUGUUUCCAUGGUAUAAAGAAGCUUACAUGUCCACUUUACACAUACGACGAUAAUGACUUCAAAUCACUAGCUUAUCUUGAAUCACUGAAGUUAAUUGGUUCAGGUAGCAGAAUGAAAUCAAUGGAGGUAGAUUUUCCGAAAGGUGAGUCGAUCUUUGAAAAGAAUCACUUUACAAUGCCUGCAACAAUUAAAAAACUUACAUUACUGUGGUGUCGUCUUCCAUGGAGUGAUAUUUUGAUAAUUCGGUCGUUACCUAACCUUGAGGAACUCAACCUACUUGACAACGCAUUUGAGGGACCUCAAUGGGACACUGUCUUGUUGAAAUGCAAUUAUCUUGAAGAGGUUCCACUCGAAAUUGGGGACAUCUCAACGCUUGAGCUUAUUGAAACUGAUGACAUUACCUCCAUUGUUGAAUCCCUUGACAGAAUGCAAGAAGAGCAACAUAAUGUGGGAAACUACGAUCUGGAGAUCAGAGUACAUAGACAAACAUGA